AUGGGCUCGGGAAGCUGGUUACUGUGUUUGUUCAUCUUUGGAAUUCUUGUGGCAUCGUGUCCUGGUGUUGGACAAUGUGGGAGUGGGAUUACAAUCAACGUUAUACUGUUGGAUGAUGAGGACUCUCCCUGGAGCCUCCAGUAUGUGGAAGGAGAAAUACUGAAGGCCAUAGAGAAAGAUUCAGCCAUUAAUGCUGCCCAGGAUCCAGCUGUGACUUUUAACCUAACUGCGAAUUUCAGUGGGUUUGACACAACCUUAUACUGGCACCGAGGCUGCCGGAGCAGUUCAUGUGAAGCAGUUGCAGAGCUAAACAACCUGACGGAAUCAGGAAAUCUGGGAUGUGCUGUGCUUGGACCCACGUGCACCUAUGCUACUUUCCCAAUAGUUGAUAAGGAAGCCGGCAUGAGUCUCAGUAGACCCAUUCUCUCAGCGGGAAGCUUUGGUCGCUCGUGCGACUACACCUUCAACUUGCAGCGACUCCUGCCACCUGCACGCAAGAUCGCUGACUUUGUCACCCACUUCUGGGAAGAAAACAAUGAGCUCAAACCUUCAUGGAAGGCAGCGUAUAUUUAUAAAACAACGAACCCCACAGAGGAAUGCAUUUGGUAUGUAAGUGCAAUUGAAGCGACGGUGGAACCGCUUGCCUUAAAUAUUUCAAUAACGCCUCUACGCAGUCCCACAGAACUGCACAGCGUGAUUACAUUACGCAACAGGACAUCCAACUUGUUCAUCAUGUGUGGAUCACCAAUGGACCUAGUGGAAAUUAAAAACGGCUCUAAGGCUGCGGACAGCAGUGAUAUCGCCUUCAUCCUCAUUGAUCUUUACAGUGAUGUAUACUACACCAACACAUCGUCGCUGCCAGAAAUGAAGAACGUGUUGGUGCUCACCAUGCCGAACACCCGAAGCUACAGAAUCAACCCAGACCUUAAAGACAACAACACGAUGAACGACUACAUGGCCGCGUACCAUGACGCAGUGCUCUUUAUUGGCCAAGUGAUGAGAACAAUUUCUAAACAAAAUCAGUCUCAGCUUCACAGGACGGAAUAUGUGAAUGUAAAUUACUUCAGAAACACCAAAUUUACUGGGAUUGCUGGGAAUUAUACGCUGGACGAGUACGGGGACAGAGACGUGGCUUUCUCAAUCAUCUACACCACUACUGACAACAAGUACGAUAUUUUAUUCACAUUUGACACGGAGCACAAUAAAACCACAGUGGUGGAGGAGGCUCCUAAGUUCAUCUGGGGGAAAAGACUUCCCAAUAACACGCCAGACAGCGGCCCUGCGAUUCGCAACAUCAUUGUGAUUGUGUUGGCUGUUACUGUGGUCGUAGUGGCCACGAUCGCCUUUAUUUUCUACAGACAGAACAGAAGAGAUCGACUGCUCAGGAAGCGCUGGUCCCACGUGAACUCUGAUCUCAUCACGCUGAUGGAAAAUGAUGACAUCAACGUCAUCUCCCUUAAUAUUGAAAGUAAGAAGAAAAAGAAGUUCAAGAUCCGCUGUGCGCUCUACGAUAAGAAGAUUGUGAUCUUGAAGGAGCUGAAGAACUCGGAUGGGAACUUUGAUAAAACCCAGAAAAGGGAGCUCAAUGCGCUAUUGCACAUCGACUACUACAACCUCACAAAGUUUUACGGCACAGUCAAGUUAGAUCACGGUGUCUUUGGCGUGUUUGAGUAUGGCGAGCGAGGCUCGCUCAGGUAUGUGCUGAAUGACAAGAUUUCAUACCCAGAGGAGACCUUCAUGGACUGGGAGUUCAAGAUCUCUGUCAUGUACGACAUCGCCAAGGGCAUGUCUUACCUCCAUGCCAGUGACAUUCAGGUUCACGGUCGCCUCAAAUCCACCAACUGUGUGGUGGACAACCGCAUGGUGGUGAAGAUCACAGACUUUGGCUGCAAUGCUUUUCUUAGCCCCUUCCAAGACUUGUGGACAGCUCCGGAGCAUCUGAGGAACGAGGGCACGUCUCAGAAAGGAGACGUCUACAGUUUUGCCAUCAUUGCGCAAGAGAUUGUUCUCAGGAAGAACACCUUCUACACUGAAUCCUGCUCCGACCGAUCAGAAAAACUGUCCAGGCUCAAGUCAUCCUACUUCAGACCUGAUCUUAACUUUGAGACGGCUUCAGAGAAAGAAUUAGAGGUGUACGCGUUGAUAAAAAGCUGCUGGGACGAGGACCCAGAAAAAAGACCUGACUUUAAGAAAGUGGAAAUUUAUCUGGGGAAAAUCAUCAGUAAAAUCCAUAAUCAGGAAAAUGAGAGCUACUUGGAUAACAUGAUCAGACGGCUGCAGAUGUAUUCCAGAAACCUGGAGUACCUGGUGGAAGAGAGAACGGCCCUCUACAAAGCUGAGAGGGAUCGAGCUGACAAUCUUAACUUUAUGCUGCUGCCUGGGCCGGUGGUUAAAAGCCUGAAGGAGACCGGGGCUGUGGAGCCAGAGCUGUACGAUGAAGUUACAAUAUAUUUCAGUGACAUAGUUGGAUUCACCACUCUGUGCCAGUACAGCACGCCGAUGGAAGUUGUGGACAUGCUUAACGACAUCUACAAGGGGUUUGACAGCAUCGUCGACCACCACGAUGUGUACAAGGUGGAGACAAUAGGGGAUGCCUACAUGGUUGCUUCUGGUCUUCCAAAGAGAAACGGGAACAGGCAUGCAGUGGAUAUUUGCCGCAUGGCGCUGGACAUCUUGGCAUUCAUGGGCACCUUCCAGCUCCGGCAUCUUCCCGGUAUUCCUGUGUGGAUACGAAUCGGUGUACACUCAGGUCCCUGUGCGGCGGGCAUCGUGGGAAUAAAGAUGCCCAGAUAUUGUUUAUUCGGAGACACGGUCAACACAGCAUCUCGUAUGGAAUCUACAGGACACCCCCUGCGGAUCCAUGUCAGUCAGCCUACCAUAGAUAUCCUGGAGAGAACAAACUGCAAGUUUGAGUAUGAGAUGAGAGGGGAAACAUACCUGAAGGGUAAAGGCACAGAAACAACUUACUGGUUGACAGGUGAAACUGGUGAAGACUACGAUCUUCCUACUCCACCCACAACUGAAAACGUCCAGCGGCUCCAGCAGGACCUCGCCCACAUGACCUUGACAUGUUUGGAGCGUCGCUCGCGAGCUUCCGUGCGAAGGAAGAAGCUGCUACCAAGUCAGAGCAAGGAGGACACCAGCGACCAGGGGUCAGAGGUCGAGUCUGAGAGCAGCCUUCCAGAGUACCUGCAUCUAGCCACUGUGGAUAACACACUCAGUACCUUCCUGUAGAGCAUGCUGUAACUAUUUGCCUGUUAUUGCAUAUAGAGCAGGGAAUCAA